GACAGAAAUGCUUUGUUAGAGAGAGAAUGAGUGUGCAUGUGCCAGCCAGAGAGAAGACACAAGUUCAUUAACCCCCAGCCUUUCACUCAACAAAAGCACAGAUAACAAAAUAAAUGAAAUUACUUUAAACAUCAAAUCAUCUUCGAUCUAUGCCAUAUGAUAGUCCUCUUCCCCAUUUUGACUGAUUGUUGUAUGAAGAAAUGACAUGUUAUGAAGACAUUUUGCCUCUUUUUCAGCUGAUGGUGACAGCUGAUCUGUCACAAUGGAUGGAGAUGACGUUAUGUUUGUUGUAUCCACAUUACACAAAGGACAUCAGAUGGUGCCCAUUUGACAAGUCGUGGGACCAGAACAGAGUUUGACCUGAUUUUAACCUCUGAAGUCCUCAUGAAAUAUUGACACGUGUCCUGCAUGUGGUUGGAAAGAAUGCCCGUUUUUCCUGAUAACACACAUUAGACCAGAGAAGAUCAGAGUCCACUGAGAAACCGAUGGAGGAAAAGGGCUGUUCAACGUAAGAACUAAAUCUGUCAAAAAGGAAAGAGAGAUGACAGGAAAUACCGCAGGUAACUUUGUUUUAUUUCCUUGAAUUUCAUCUGAUUCUUUUGAAUGCAGAGAAAUCUUGAUGAAACCUGUCAAAAUGUUCUGCUGCUCAUUGGUAACUAACUAAUGUAAUACCCCAUUUUGAAGAAUUACAUUUACAUUACAUUUAAGUCAUUUAGCAGACGCUCUUAUCCAGAGCGACUUACAAAUUGGUGCUUUCACCUUAUUAACGAGCUCAGUACAACACUAUUGUUUAGGUUUCUGUUGUUCUUUGUAAAGAAACAAUUUAUAGCUUGAAGAAAAAGUCAUGUUUCUCUCGUGGAAUGUCUUUACUUGACCAGUAGAUACAUGAAAGGCUAUUGACAUGUGCACAUAAGUCCUACAUGGACAUUAUGUAAAGAUCUUAUUCUCUGAUGAACACACCAUGACAACUGUUUGUUUCUGACUGAGACCUCUUAUAGCCAUAGGCAGGGUCAAGCUUUAAAUGACCUCAUCCACUUUGGAGAAGAGGGUGGGUCCAUCUUCCACUGAAUCAGCACGUUUGUAUCAGACAAACGGAGUGAAUAUUUAGCAUAGUUCCCACGAUUCUCCGUGUAGGUCUAAGCUGUUGGCGUGCUGUCAGAAUUUUGCCAAUGGUCUUUUUUGCUCAAGGGAGCGGUACUCCUCAUUUGCGGAGAUAUUUUCUUUUGAUUUGAAGAUUUGUACUUCAAAUGGAAACCUUACAUGCUCUUUAUAAUUUAUACUUAAACCGAUUUGCAUGGCACAUGGAAUGGUCCAAUACUCGGCAGAUCUAAACGUCCAGUUAUGUAAAUGUGAAGUGCUGAGAGUCAUUGAUACGGGCAGUUAAAAGCAGUAAUUGAUUAUGUAUUUAAUAUGGCAAUGAAGAGAUACAGUCAUUUGUAAUAUAACAUAAGUUCUUGAUUUCUACGCACUGUUACAGAGUCCAAAUGAGAAUGAUGAGAAGAAUAGAGUGGUCCCUCUUAAGUGGAAUUUCUCUCCUCCCAACCCCUACCUCCUGUUGAUGACGCUGUGUAUUGAGUGACGGGUUGCCUCUGUCUCCAUACCUGAACAGGCAGCUUGUGUAGAGAUGGAGAAAUCCUCCCACAUGCCAACUGCUCCUAGCCAAGCCCUGGCCACACAUGCCAAAGGGGACCCACGGGACAUAGAGACCUUGUUGUCCUCACAGAGCUGUGCGUCUCUCGAGCCCUUCACACCGUGCAGUCUGGUGCAUGGCACUGGUCAGACUGAAACCCUGCUCAGGUCAAAUACAUGGGAAGAAGAAAUCCAAGUAGCUGAACAUUUUUCACUUUUCUUUCCUUUUUGAGGGGCCUCAACUUCUGUUCAAUCACAAUGAUGUGGUGGGAAAGACGAGGCUGAGCCACACUCAAGUUCUGUUCUCAUCCCUGUGACAUUGUUAUAUCUCUGUCACUGCGAAAACCUCAAUGGUUUAUGUCAAGGUCAUCGUCAGAGCUGAUUGUGACCUGUGACUCCAAGCCCCCUUAGCAAAAGAUCAUUUAAAACCCUUUAGCGUCUUUUGCACAAACAUGCAGAUAUAAUUUAUUGGUUUUCAUGUCACCCUUGCCAUUUGUCAUGGUCCAUUCUAGCAUAGAGUGCAGAAUGCUGUAUAUUCAUGCUUUAGUGCUGUGUCUGGAUUCCUUGGCACCUACACAGAUCAGAACUAUGUGGAGAGGCUUGAGAUGGCUUUUGUUUCCCACAAAGAGAGAGGCCUCUUCAAGGGUCCUGUGCUGUUUCUAGAAAAGAAAGCAUUUAGUUUGCCUGAAGGGUCCUCGGCUGAAUGGCUUUGACCUUUCCCCUUUUUGAAGAUGUCAGUCUGAAUUUUUUAUCUCGCUUGGGUGUACUGUAUCAGAGUGGUCCAGAACAGGAAUAGAAAAUGCUGAUUAGCUACAUAUUGGAAGGAGAAAAUAGUGGGAAGAUGGACAGAGUGCCAACAAGUGUUUAUCGCACAAAAGGAAGUUUGUUUGUCUGCAUGUUUAGAUACCAUAAAAUCACAUUCAACACAGUUCACAAUCAGACAAAACAGACACAGCUUGUUACAAAUACGCCUCUGAUUUGGCUGUAAAUCAAUAUUGUUCAUCCCCUGUAACAGCCUUUGUGAUAAGGUCAUAUGCCAGAGUUUUUUCUUGCAUGUAAAAUUCAUGUAAAAUAGUUUUCAGCAGCCAACAGUAAGGCCCACAUCACUGACAAACUAUAAGCAUGCAAACUAUGUGCAUACUAUGGGCUGGCUGGUGAGUUACAGAGUAUUUUGGUGUAAAUACUAAUAAGCCCAUAAGAAGCGUGUGGAACUGCAAUGGAGAUAAAGCAUUGUUGUUUACACAGCUUUGAGUUGAAUACAAAAUAUGAUGUCUGGCUUCCCUCAUAAUUUCCUCCACAUAGGCAUCAUCAUAUUGAGUCAGUAUACAAGGUUGUGACCACAGACCAUAGACGGGUUAGCUGGCAACAUCACGAAAACUAUGCACGCGCUUCAGUGGGGCAGAAAUGUAAAUGUGUGUGCUGUGAUUCUAGAUGACCAGAAAGCAGGCAACAAUGACAAGAAGUAAGUGACUUGUUUCAGCUAGUUUUAUUUUUGUUCUUUAUACCAUGCCAUGUUUUGACUGAUGUCAUGUCUAUGCUAAUACAUGAGAGAGAGAGAGGCAGAGAGAGAGCGAGAGGCAGAGAGAGAGAAGCAGAGAGAGAGAGAGAGAGAGGCAGAGAGAGAGAGAGAGAGGCAGGGACAGAGAUGUGGUUGGUGAGGGAGGUGUAGGGAGCUCAUUCAUGAGAUGGGUGGGGAGAAUGGCCAUGGCACAGACAGAAGUCUGUCCACUAUGCUCUGUCUCUCCAGAGUCCUGCUGUUCGAUUGACCAAGAAAAUAGAAUUGACUGAUUGUGCGCCAAGGAUUUUAUCCGUUUACUGCACUAACUGGACACUGGAAUUGUGGAGAAACUCAAUGCAUUGGAAAGUCUUGUAGACGAUUGGGAAGAGGGAACCCUGAUGCGAUUUCACUGAUGCGAUUGUACUUAUGAAAGUUUAUAGGUAAGUGCAUCUAGCAGUUCAACAGGAUCUCUGGAGGCCAUUCACUGUAGAGAUGAGGGCGCUGGUCAGAUCAACUCUAUUACUGCUGUUAUGGCAACGGCUGACUGCCAUCGAUGUCCCACUGGAAAUCAGACAGCCCCCCACCAUUAUAAAACAGUCCUCGAAGGAACAUGUCGUGGAUCCUAGAAACAACAUGGUCGUGGAGUGUGAAGCCAAAGGCACCCCCCACCCAAUAUUCUCAUGGAUGCGUAAUGGGAAGUACUUCAACGUGGCAAAGGACCCUCAGGCCUCAAUGAGGAGACGUUCGGGGACGCUGGACAUCUAUGCCUGGACUGACCCAGGGGCCUAUGAGGGGGAGUACCAGUGUGUUGCCACCAACGAGUAUGGCACUGCAUACUCAAACAAGAUCCACCUACACAUCUCUAAGGCCACUCUGUGGCCCAGAGAGGUGUUGGAGCCAGUAACAGUAAGUGUUGGUCUCCCUCUGGUCCUGGACUGUAGCCCUCCUCCAGGCCCUCCCAAACCUGAGAUCUACUGGAUGAGCAAGUGUUCAUCUGGUAGACCUUUCAACUGGCCUCACCAGCCCCACCCCCCAGUCAUGCUGCCUAUCAAACAGGACCAUAGAGUGUCUAUGGGGGUGAAUGGAGAUCUCUACUUCUCUCAUGUCUAUGUCAAUGACUCUGCCACCGACUACUGCUGCAAUGCACGCUUCCCCUACAAAAACAUUAUCCAGCAGAAGAUGCCUACUACCGUCAGAGUCCUUACAACUCGCAUGGUGUCUGAGGCCGCUCCCACCUUCUUGUCUCCGGCCGGAAGGUCCAGCUCCCAGACUGUCCUGCAGGGGGAGGAGCUGCUCCUCGAGUGCAUCGCUGCUGGAGUUCCAACCCCUGUCAUCACAUGGACCAAAGAUGGAGAUGAACUGGACACAACCAACAUUAAGGUGAAGAACUACAACAAGUUGUUGCAGAUCCCCAAGGCCUCGUUUGAGGACGCUGGUGAAUACACCUGCACAGCUACUAACAAGAUGGGUUACCUGGAACACACCAUCGCUGUCCAGAUCAAAGAUUUGUCUCUAGCACCCUCUGCUCCAAGAUUCUUCAGAAUCCAGCAGAGACAUUUGGACACUAUCUGGGUGGACUGGGACACUCCUGCAGAGCCCAAUGGCAUCAUCACUGGAUACAUACUGAAAUAUCAGACAGUGAACACAACCCGGGAGGAGGAACUGCGUGUUGAGGAAUUUCCCGCAAACACCACCAGUUUUGCUGUGCGCCGAUAUGAUCGCUACACCCGCUAUAGAUUCGCCAUAGCAGCACAGACUAGAAUUGGGGUAGGAGAGUGGUACACAGAGGAAUCACCCCAUUAUACAACUGAAGCUAAUGCACGGGAGCAGGUGGACCUCUCCACUCAGGGCUGGGUCAUUGGUGUGAUGUGUGCUGCGGCCCUCUUCGUGCUCAUCCUGCUGGUCGUCUGCUUUAUCAAGAGGAGCCGAGGGGGGAAAUACCCAGUACGGGACAAGAAAGAAGUGACAUUGGAGCCAGUGGAUGAUAACGAUCAGGAGGGAUCAUUUGACUAUCGGUAGGCAAUAUAAAAGAACUGGCUGAAAAUCAACUGAGAACCUUGAGUUGAGAUAAGUAUCAAUAUUUGUGUAGGUCAAAGUCAAUCACGUACAUCAUGUAUAAUCAUUUUGUGAGGUAGUGCUGAUCGUGUCAGUUUCCCUUCAAGCCAACUAUGGUAUCUAAAACCUUCCACAUGAACAGCAAUCUACAGUCAUAUGAAAAUAUAUUCGGGUCUUUCUAUAAAUAAAUGGGCCAAUGUGUGACAUCAGGGUCAACAUUUCAAAAUAGUUUGAUAUACAUUUAAACGUGAUUUUCUUGCACCUUCACAUGUAUAAUUACAGGAAUAAGAGUCUAGAUGGGCACAAUGAGACCAUAACUCCUAGCAACAAUAAAACAUCUACAUGUCAUUCAAAAUGUCACAUGAAACAUGGACACUGCAUGUUUCUUUGUCAUGCCUAGUAGCCAGGUCUGUUUGUGCUUUAGUCAGGUCUGUUUGUGCUUUAGUCAACUUCUCUAUCAUUUAAAGCCAUGCUAAACAUUCCAGAAAAUUUAAAAGAUAAACAGCAUUUCUAUAUUUUUUUAACAAUAAUGUAAUAUGUGUUUUGUCAGCAAAAUCAUUGACAAUAAUAAUAACCAAUAAUCAUAAAAAGUAUUGGUGAAAUCAUUACAAGUUUUAAGCUGUGUGUGUGUGUGUGUGUGUACACAAAUUUAACCUCGUUAGUCCCCAAGAGGUCAAAUGCUAUUUCUAUGGGGUUUAGGGUUAAGGUUAGAAUUAGUGUCAGGGUUAGAAUUACAUAAAGGGUUAGGAGCUAGGUUUAGGGUUAGGUUUUUGGAUUAAGGUUAGGGUUAGGUUCAGGGUUAGGUUUUUGGGAUAAGGUUAGGGUUAGGUUUAGGGGUUAGGGAAUAUUGUGUCCUUCCACAAGGUUAGCUGUACAAGACAGUGGGUGUGGGUGAAAACUAGACAUCACAUUCUUGCUUCCUCUGCCCUUGUUUCCUCCACUCCUUGCCUCUCCUUGAAAGUACAUUGGAGGAAACGGGGAGAAUCUCGAUUGCAUUUCCUUCAUUCCUCAUGUCCUCUCUCCCCGCCUCCUUAAAACCCAUUAGAUAAGAAGGUGAGAGAGGUGGGAACUCUGACGUUCUUGUCCAAUGGGUUUUGAGAAGAAGCUGAGGAGAGAGGAUGCAACAAAUCAAGGAAAUGUAAUUGAGAUUCUCCCAAGGAUAGAGGAAGCAAGCAUUUGACAGUUAUUACAUUUUUUUGAUAGUGCCAGACUGAGUGAGCUACCAUAAUACCCAAGGCCUGUCCAGAAAUAACCCCUAACCCCUACUGCCCAGAGUCUAGACACAUGUGGAGAUCUGAGAGGGAUGGAUGGAGACAUGGUGAGAGCACCACCUUACCCUCUGAUAGGCUUGGAGGAAUUUUGACGGUAUUGGGUACACCUGUCCAAUCCUCUCAGAUCUCCACAAGUGUCUAGGGCUAGAGGCUAGGGGUAGUUUCUGGACAGGACG